AUGUGUGGAGAAAUGGGCAAAGCGGUUUUGAGAGUACUGACGUGCGCAUUACUCUGUGCUCUAAUGACCGAUGCCGCUUAUUUACAAAAGUAUGAUACAUAUCCGGCACAGUAUGAGCAAGCUGUCUAUCGCAAGCCCCAGAGGGAACACGAGAAGCCGCAGGACCUCCGCAACGUGCCAGGAGUACCGGGUGUGGAUUACCCAAUUUACCACGAAGUACCUGAAACAAGCUUUUCAUGUAAACACGUUCCAGUACAUCCUGGAAUGUACGCGAACGUAGAGACUGGAUGUCAGGCCUAUCAUGUUUGCCACGACGGUCGCGAGGGACAUCAAGGAGCGUCUUUCUUAUGCACUAAUGGCACGCUCUUUAAUCAAGCUGAAUUUGCUUGUGACUGGUGGUAUAACGUAGAUUGUUCUCAGGCCAUUGAACACUAUAAACUGAACGCAGACCCACUUAAAAAUCCAUAUGUACCCAAACCAAAACCAGAGGAGCCACUCGAGCAUGGAGUGUACUACGAAAAAGUUCAUCAUUAA